AGCGCAACCUACUUUGUAACAUGAAGCCAACAUAAGGGCGCUGCUUUGAUUAUCGAUUAAGAAACGCUUUUUUCUGUCGUGACUCACCUUGACCGGGUACUGCUCUUCCAGUUAUUGCCGCAGUAAAGUAAAUGGCGCCUUUAGUUCAUAUGCAAAAAGGAGGGCGACAAGGGUUAACAGCGGGAUGUCCUUCACGGAGCGCCAGGCGUGCCCCUGUACAUUGUUCAACCAGGCGCGCACUAAAGGUCGCCGCAGUCAACUCCGGUGGACCCAACCAUCGCGUCCCAUUCAACACAAAUGUCAAUGCCCCGCCCCGCAUCCAGCUACCAGGCUUCCUGCAGCCUGCUUCCUCCUCUUCCCAACAUCAUCAACCUCACCAUAACCAGCAGCAGCAGCACCGACCCGACCUCAACAUGACUCCGCCCAUGGAGGGCGCAUUCAAGGCCACCGGCCGCACAGUCGUCAUCACGGGGGGCUCUCAGGGCGUGGGUCGCGCCGCCGCGCUGCUGUUCGCUCGCAAGGGCUACAAUGUGGUGGUGGCGGCGCGCGAGGCGGCCCGGCUGGCCUACGUGGCGGACGACUGCGCGGCGGCGGCGGGGCGGGCGGGGGCGGCGCUGGCGGUGCCCACGGACGUGACGCAGGAGCGGCAGGUGCAGGCGCUGGUGAACUCGGUGCUGUCCAAGUUCGAGCGGGUGGAUGCGGUGGUGCAGUGCGCGGGGGUGUUUGGGCGGGGGGCGGUGGAGGACACGCCGGCGAUGGAGGCCCGGCGGCUGAUGGAGGUCAACUACUUGGGGCCCUACCUGGUGACGCAGGCCUUCCUUCCAGUCUUGCUCAAGGCAGGCGCCCGAGCCAUGGGCACCAGCAGCAGCAGCAGCAGUGCUGGUGUGGGCGGCGGCGGUGUGGGUCUGCCGGGUAUCGGUGGCCUCCUGGGGGGUGGAGAGCGGCCCUCGCUGGUGUUUCUGACGGGCUUCAGCGGCCGGGUGCCCACCAAGCACAUGGGGGCGUUCAGUGCGAGCAAGGCGGCGCUGGAGUCCCUGGCCGCCUCCCUGCGCACGGAGGUGGAGGGGCAGGGGGUGCAUGUGGGGGUGGUGCAGCCGGGGCUGGUGCGAUCCAACCUGAUGGAGCGGGCCGCCUUCUACGGACGUAACAGCGAGGAGGACAGGCGCUCCUUCCGCCAGAUGCUGCGCACCCUGCCCAUGGCUCAGAGCCCGGGUGAGGUUGCGGAGGCCAUCUGGGGCUGUGUGGCCUCGCGCAGCCCCGAGGUGGCGGUGGGACUGCCCUUCGCAGCGGCGGCGCAGGCGUACCGACUGACGGGGAUCAACCCCUCCGCCACACCCUUCACGUGAGGCAGCGGCGGAGAAGCG